UACCUAAGGCCCCACAAAACUGGUGGCCUUUUCUGCUGGGUUUGACCAAAGAAGGGGAGAAGACCAGCUAUGUCCUGACUGACAAGCUGGAGGAAGAAGACCCCCGAAGCCCCAGAGUCCUCUGCCAGUCUCUUGGCCUGAGGCUGCCUCCCCACAUUUGUAGCCUGACUCUCUAUGUGGAAGUAGCCUGCAAUGGGCUCCUGGGGGCCGGAAAGGGAUCCAUGAUCGCAGCCCCUGACCCAGAGAAGAUGUUCCAGGUGAGCCGGGCUGAGCUGGCCGUGUUCCACCGGGAUGUCCACAAGCUUCUGGUCGAUCUGGAGCUGCUGCUGGGCAUGGCCAAGGGCCUUGGGGAGGACAACCAGCGCAGUUUCCAGGCCCUGUACACAGCCAACCAGAUCGUGAACGUGUGUGACCCUGCCCAGCCUGAGACCUUCCCAGUGGCCCAGGCCCUGGCCUCCAAGUUCUUUGGCCAACGUGGAGGUGAAAGCCAGCAUACCAUCCAUGCCGUGGGGCACUGCCACAUUGAUACAGCCUGGCUCUGGCCCUUCAAGGAGACGGUGCGGAAAUGUGCCCGGAGCUGGGUAACAGCCAUUCAGCUCAUGGAGCGGAAUCCUGAGUUCAUCUUUGCCUGCUCCCAGGCCCAGCAGCUCCAGUGGGUAAAGAGCUACUAUCCUGGCCUGCACGCCCGGCUCCAGGAGUUCGCCUGCCGUGGGCAGUUUGUGCCCGUGGGGGGCACCUGGGUGGAGAUGGAUGGGAACCUUCCCAGUGGAGAAGCCAUGGUGAGGCAGUUCCUGCAAGGACAGAACUUCUUCUUGCAGGAGUUUGGGAAGAUGUGCUCCGAGUUCUGGCUGCCAGACACAUUCGGCUACUCAGCACAGCUCCCCCAGAUCAUGCGCAGCUGUGGCAUCAGACACUUCCUCACCCAAAAACUGAGCUGGAACUUGGUGAACUCCUUCCCGCACCAUACCUUUUUGUGGGAGGGGCUGGAUGGCUCCCGUGUGCUGGCCCACUUCCCGCCUGGUGACUCAUAUGGAAUGCAGGGCAGUGUGGAGGAGGUGCUGAAGACCGUGGCCAAAAACCGGGACAAGGGGCGGACCAACCACAGUGCCUUCCUCUUUGGCUUUGGGGAUGGGGGUGGUGGCCCCACCCAGACCAUGGUGGACCGCUUGAAGCGGCUGUGCGAUACAGAUGGGCUGCCCAGGGUGCAGCUGUCUUCUCCGGGGCGCCUCUUCUCAGCACUGGAGAAGGACUCGGGGCAGCUGUGCACUUGGGUCGGGGAGCUCUUCCUGGAGCUACACAAUGGCACCUACACCACCCACGCCCAGAUCAAGAAAGAGAACCGGGAGUGUGAGCGGAUCCUGCACGACGUGGAGCUGCUCAGCAGCCUGGCCCUGGCCCGCAGUGCCCAGUUCCUAUACCCGGCGGCCCAGCUGCGGGACCUCUGGAGGCUCCUGCUCCUGAACCAGUUCCAUGAUGUGGUGACUGGAAGCUGCAUCCAGCUGGUGGCAGAGGAGGCCAUGUGCCACUACGAAGACAUCCGUUCCCAUGGAAACACACUGCUCAGCGCCGCAGCCGCAGCCCUGUGUGCUGGGGAGCCAGGUCCCAAGGGCCUCCUCAUUGUCAACACGCUGCCCUGGAAGCGCACGGAAGUGUUGGCCCUACCCAGGCCUGGCGGGGCCCACAGCCUAGCCCUGGUGACAGUGCCCAGCAUGGGCUAUGCUCCUGCUCCCACCCCCGCCUCACUGCAGCCCCUGCUGCCCCAGCAGCCUGUGUUCGUUGUGCAGGAGAUUGACGGUUCUGUGACUCUGGACAACGGCAUCAUCCGGGUGAGGCUGGACCCAACUGGCCACCUGACGUCCCUGGUGCUGGUGGCCUCUGGCAGGGAGGCCAUUGCUGAGGGCGCCGUGGGGAACCAGUUCGUACUAUUUGAUGACGUCCCUCUGUACUGGGAUGCAUGGGACGUCAUGGACUACCACCUAGAAACACGGAAGCCAGUGUUGGGCCAGGCAGGGACUUUGGCAGUGGGCACUGAGGGUGGCAUGCGGGGCAGUGCCUGGUUCCUGCUGCAGAUCAGCCCCAACAGUAGGCUCAGCCAGGAGGUCGUGCUGGACGUUGGCUGCCCUUAUGUCCGCUUCCACACCGAGGUGCACUGGCAUGAGGCCCACAAGUUCCUGAAGGUGGAGUUCCCCGCCCGUGUGCGGAGCCCCCAGGCCACCUAUGAGGUCCAGUUUGGACAUCUGCAGAGGCCUACCCACUACAACACUUCUUGGGACUGGGCUCGAUUUGAGGUGUGGGCCCACCGCUGGAUGGAUCUGUCAGAGCAUGGCUUUGGGCUGGCUCUGCUCAAUGACUGCAAGUACGGCGCGUCAGUACGAGGCAGUGUCCUCAGCCUCUCACUCUUGCGGGCACCUAAGUCCCCUGACGCCACGGUUGACAUGGGGCGUCACGAGUUCACCUACGCGCUGAUGCCGCACAAGGGCUCCUUCCAAGAUGCUGGCGUUAUCCCCGCUGCCUACAGCCUCAACUUCCCCCUGCUGGCGCUGCCCGCCCCGGGCCCGGCGCCCACCGCAGCCUGGAGCGCCUUCUCGGUGUCCUCGCCCGCUGUCGUGUUGGAGACGGUCAAACAGGCAGAGACCAGCCCCCAGGGCCGCACGCUGGUCCUGAGGCUGUACGAGGCCCACGGCAGCCACGUCGACUGCUGGCUGCACACGUCGCUGCCAGUUCAGGAGGCCGUCCUCUGUGACCUCCUGGAGCGGCGCGACCCUGCUGGCCCCCUGCCUUCAGGACGCCCGCCUGAAGCUCACCUUUUCUCCCUUCCAAGUGCAGUCCCUGCUGCUCGUGCUGCAGCCCCCACCGAACUGAGUCCCCGAGGAUGGGGUUUUGCUUAUGGAAGGCUUUGGAGGCUCCUCAUUUCUGCGUCCCAGCCUGAAGCAAGGCUCAGUCACCUCUUGAACAAUAAACCCUUGGCUUGGAAACCCUGUUAGUAGCCCCUGCUUAUU